GCGACAGCUGGGGAGGUCGAGUGUUUGUGUCAGUGUGUGUCUUGCCUUUGUCGUCAGCCAUCUCAGUCAGGGCAGGAGGUUUACGAGGGGAGGUGACGAGGGGACACUGAUGCCAAGAUGGGUGAGCGCGUUAUGUACCAGGAGAGGAAGGGCACAGCAGGACGACCCUCCACCUACCUCUACCUGCCCUCCUGUUCUGCCUUCAGGAGUGUUGACCUCAAUGAUGGAAGGGGUGGGGUGGAGGGGGUGGGUGCCCGGAUGGUCGGGUGGGCAAGGGAGGUGUUCCUGCCCCAAGGCUACCCAGAGUCUGUGUCCCCCGACUAUCUACACUACCAGUUCUGGGACUCAAUGCAGGCAUACUGCAGCAGCAUAGCAGGAGCCCUCAGUCUGCAGGCCACACUUAUAGGGCUGGGGGUGGGGGAGGGCACCGCAACCCCCCUUGCUGCCACACUGUCCUGGCUUCUGAAGGACGGGUCAGGAAUGGUUGCCUCUAUCGCCUUUGCCUACUGGAAGGGAACACAGCUCGACUGCAACAGCAAGCAAUGGAGACUUUUUGCAGACGUGACCAAUGAUCUCAACUCCCUGCUGCGCCUGGUGGGUCCUGCCCUGCCCGUGCCCUUCCUGCUGGUGCUGUGUGUGUCAGGGCUGCUGGCGGCCCUGGUGGGGGUGGCUGGGGGCUCCACACGGGCUGCCCUGGCUGUACAUCAGGCCAGGUGUGACAACAUGGCCGACAUUUCAGCAAAGGACGGGAGCCAGGAGACCCUCGUUAACCUGGCCGCCCUCGUCACCAACCUCACUCUUCUUCCCUCCUUCACUGCCACUCUCAGCACCACCUGGGUCACCUUCCUGACGUGUGUGUCGCUGCACCUGCUGGCCAACCACCGGGCCAUGCGAGCCCUCACCCUGGCCAGCCUCAACCGCCCGCGUCUCCUGCACCUCCUCUCCUGCUGGGCGGCGGAUGGUGCCUCCCCCGCUGCCAUCCCCUCCCCUGCUGAUGCCAAUCUUGCUGAGCCUCUUCUGUUUGGGCCAGCUUUUAUUACAGACUACUUCCCACAUAGGUUUCGAGUGUCCAUAGGCUGUUCCCUCCACUGGGCUUUGCAGCGCUGUGGUGGAGACCCUGGGGUGCUGUACAAGGCGGCCAGCGGGGCUUUCAAGGGGCAGAGGUACAUGCUGUGUGGCAGUCUGCAGCGGCGCCAGCUUCACAUAGUUUAUCGCAGCGGCAUUACCACGGAGGAGGAGCUGGAGGGAGUGGUCAUGGCCUUCCUGUGUGUGUUGAACUACUGCCACGCAACCCAGGGAACACCACUUUCAGAAAGAUUAAUAGCUCCAGGCAUCACCACCACCACCACCACCACCACCACCACCACCACUGAGUACGAGUUAAUUACAGCAGUUAGGAAGGUGGUGGUGAGAGAGUUCCCGACCCUACUAAAGAGCAUGGAGGAACUGGGAUGGAAAGUCGAUAAGUUGCAAUUUGGAGCUGAUGAAUGGAGAUUGAUGGAUGAUUGAAACACACACACACACACACACACACACACACACACACACACACCAGUCUAAUCAUUCCAAAACACGAAGGUAAAAAUAAAUAAAUUAAUAAAUCGCAAAACUGCAUCUCACUUUUUUUUUCUUUUUUUUUUUAACAAAUUGUUAUUAUUAAUUUUUCCACCAGAUUCUAAUACUUUUUUUUUUUUUUGGGGUGUUUGUUGAAUAAAUGGGUUACUUUGC